GUGUCCAGCUCUCCCUGUGCACGCGCCGCCCCGGCAUGCAUCGGGCGCGCGGGCGGCGGGCCCCUCAGUCUUCAGGCAGCGGUGGCGGCGGUUGGGCCGAGGGCGGCGGCCGCGCGGCCGAGGCGGCUGGACGCGUAGCAGGUGGAAAGAGGGAGGGGACCGCAGGCGCAGACCCGCCCGCCAUGAAGCCCCCGGCAGCGUGUGCGGGAGACGUGGCAGACGCGCCAUCUCCGUGCUCCAUGGGGAACUACCUGCGAUGGGAUCUGAGCGCCCAGCAGAUAGAGGAGCGAGCCCGGGAGCUCGCUGAGCAGACCAAGCGCGUGUACGACCAGGUGGGCGCCCAGGCGUUCGAGGACGUAUCCUACGAGAGCACGCUCAAGGCAUUGGCAGAUGUGGAGGUCACCUACACAGUUCAGAGGAAUAGCCUUGACUUCCCCCAGCACGUUUCUCCCUCCAAGGACAUCCGCAUGGCCAGCACGGAGGCUGACAAGAAGCUCUCCGAGUUCGAUGUGGAGAUGAGCAUGAGGGAAGAUGUGUACCAGAGGAUUGUCUGGCUCCAGGAGAAAGUUCAGAAGGACUCUCUGAGGCCUGAGGCUGCGCGGUACCUGGAGCGGCUGAUCAAGCUGGGCCGGAGGAAUGGGCUUCACCUCCCCAGAGAGACUCAGGAAAAAAUCAAAAGCAUCAAGAAGAAGCUGAGCCUCCUGUGCAUCGACUUCAACAAGAACCUGAACGAGGACACGACCUUCCUGCCCUUCACGGUGGAGGAGCUGGGAGGGCUCCCCGAGGACUUUCUCAACUCCCUGGAGAAGACGGAGGGCGGCAAGUUGAAGGUCACCCUCAAGUACCCGCAUUACUUCCCCCUCCUGAAGAAAUGCCACGUGCCGGAGACCAGGAGGAGAGUGGAGGAGGCCUUCAACUGCCGGUGUAAGGAGGAGAACUGCGCCAUCCUCAAGGAGCUGGUGACGCUGCGGGCCCAGAAGUCCCGCCUGCUGGGGUUCUGCACGCACGCUGACUAUGUCCUGGAGAUGAACAUGGCCAAGACCAGCCAGACCGUGGCCACCUUCCUAGAUGAGCUGGCACAGAAGCUGAAGCCCCUGGGGGAGCAGGAGCGCGAGGCGAUUCUGGAGCUGAAGCGAGCUGAGUGCGAGCGCCGGGGCCUGGCCUUCGACGGGUGCAUCCGUGCCUGGGACAUGCGCUACUACAUGAACCAGGUGGAGGAGACGCGCUACCGCGUGGACCAGAACCUGCUCAAGGAGUACUUCCCCGUGCAGGUGGUCACACAGGGGCUGCUGGGCAUCUACCAGGAGCUGCUGGGGCUGGCCUUCCACCAGGAGGAGGGCGCCGGCGCCUGGCACGAGGACGUGCAGCUCUACACAGCCAGGGACGCGGCCUCGGGGGACGUGGAACCAACAUGCCUGCCACCUUCGGCCACCUUGCGGGCGGCUACGACGCCCAGUACUACGGGUACCUGUGGAGCGAGGUGUACUCCAUGGACAUGUUCCACACGCGCUUCAAGCAGGAGGGCAUCCUGAACAGCAAGGUGGGCAUGGAUUACAGAAGCUGCAUCCUGAGGCCCGGCGGCUCCGAGGACGCCAGUGCCAUGCUGAAGCACUUCCUGGGCCGUGACCCCAAGCAGGACGCCUUCCUCCUGAGCAAGGGGCUGCAGGUGGGGGGCUGUGAGCGCAGGCCUGCUGAGGCCCCGUGCUGCGACUGCCCAGUCCAGCCCAUGCCCCCACCGCCUGGUGCCUUAGCCACAGCCCCAAGAUGGGGCAGGCUCUGGCACAGCACCUGGGGCUGGCAGGGCAGCGGAGCAGCUGUCUCCUGCCCUUGUCAUUGUCUGUCCCCGCCCAGUGGCCCUCAGCUAGAGAUGGGGUCCUCGAGGCGUCUGAGGCCUCUCGUGGCUGCACUAACACGUCCCCUUCCUGGGAAACGUUCCUGGUCAGGACAUGGCUCUUGGAAUGAGAUCAUUAAAAGGAGAAAAAGGAGAGAGGCUCCCCAGCCUGGUGGUUGGCUCCUGCCCUUUCUGUCCUAGGAUGGCGGGACAUGGGGUCAGGGUCCAGCCCUCCAUUGUUGCCGCACCAGGCCCUAGAUGGGGGCACAGGUCCACGUUGGAGGGAGUGAAGGCCCGGGGGCUGGGGGAACCAGUUCUGCCAGCCAGGCCAGCCUGCAGGGGUCUCAGAGACUUCUGCUUCCUGCGUGCUUCUCACCUGCUGGCAUCCUGGAACAUCCCCUCCCCUCCCUGCUCAACUCUGACCAUCAAGGAGCAGGCUCGGCUGCUGAGCCCACAAAGCCACGCAGCCCCCUGUGCGCACAGGCAGCCUGGGCAGGACUGGGGGUCGGCAGCCGCCCACCCUCUCACCCCGAGGGGAAGGCCCGGCUCGCUCCAGCUUCCUGGGUAGAGUCUCUGGGGGAUCCCACUGGACACGAGCAAACCGGGUGAACCAGGGCAGCUGCUGGCAGCUCGUCUGUGGCCCUCGUCCUCGUGGCCUUGGGGACUGCCCGUGCUUGCCCUCCCCAGUGGCCCUGCUUCCCUGGCUGUGGGCAACAUGACAACGUCUGAAUCAGGGUCGGGGGGCACUUCUUGGACCCUCUGGCGAUGCUCCAGAGGUGCCUCAGGGAGAGCUGGCGGCUGUGUCCCAGUGCCUGAGCAGGACAGGCGGAUGCUCCUGGCUUCAACUCGAGCGCUCUGAUAUUUGCUCCCGUGACCCUGAGCUUCUCGGGAGCCCCCCUCGUGCCCUGGGGCGUCCCUCCCUGCUCGUGGUCCUCCAUCAAGGAGGCUGGCCAACGCAACCUGUGACCCUGCUUCCCGAGGCCUGUUGGGUGGCCAGACGUCGCCUCGUCCCCACCUCAAUUGGAUGGGACUCUGGCUGCUGUGCUAUCUGCUCUAGCCCCUCUGUCCCGUUCCCACCCGGGCAGGUGUGGCUGUGGCCGCUGCCAUGGCGCCUGCUCUGCACCUUCCGCACGCCGGGCUCCACUCCGUGCACCUGAGUCUGUGUCUUUCCAGCUCUGGGGGCUGAGGGGCGAGUCUUGUCUUUGCAGAGCUGGACAGCACAAUCCGUGGCCUGCAGGGUUAUGCUGGAAAGGUGGGAGUGUGAAGUGGGCCCACGACGGUGGCCACAUUUCCAAUACUCAGCCCAGAGCUGCAGCCAUCGCUUGCACCUGAAGCCCCAACUACUCAGGAGGCUGAGACCAAAGGACUGCUUGAUCCCAGGAGGUCGAGGCCAGCCUGGGCAACAUAGCAAGACCCCAUCUCUACAAAAAAGUUAGCUGGGUGUGGGGUGGGUGGCUGAGGCGGGAGGAUUGCUUGAGCGUAGGAGGGUUGAGGCUGUAGUGCACCGUGAUCCUGCUACUGCAGCCUGGGCAACAGAGCGAGGCCGUCUCUGGAAGCGACAGUAGCGGGCAGAGGUGGAGGCGGGAGCCCGGGGGUGCCCUCAUCUUCCCCUGCACCAAGCCCGCAGAUGCUUCCACCUUGUCCGCCUCUGAGACCCCGGUGUGCUGAGGCACGCCAGCUGGGCCCUGGGCUGCACCGCCUUGUGGUCACAUACAUAGCCUGGCCCGUCAUAGCAGAGCUAGGGUCGCAGUCUUGGGCUGCUGGGCCUUGGGCAGAUGGCCCGACCAUCCACACCCCGCUCCCCUGAAAGGCACUGGGCUUAGAUGUCAGUUGCCAGAUGCCCCAGCGGUCCCUCGGUGCUUGGCAGGCUGGGCCGCGUCCCCCAGUGUGUCCCCUGCUCCUCUGUGACACCCAGGAACUUGGAGGUGGCAGCAGAAUCUCGGUCCAAGUCCCCGUGCACAGAGACGGUCCUCAGAGCCUCCCAACGCCCACGCGGGGCACCCGCUUUCCCCAAACACUCCAGGACAGCAGGGGCUGUGACCGCAGGGGCCCAGCCCCACACCAGGAGCAGGGAGGGGGACGCACACCUGCUGUGUCUCCCGGCUCCUCCACCCCACACUCCUGCCACAGGGCUCCAGCAGCAGCUAUGAGGGCAGCCUGGCAUUCACAUCCCCUGCCCAUCCAGAUUGUCAUUCUCCUUGGCCCCUUGCUGCUCCCCUGUGGAGAAUAAAGGGAAAACAUAGGCCGGGCGCAGUGGCUCAAGCCUGUAAUCCCAGCACUUUGGGAGUCCGAGGCGGGUGGAUCACAAGGUCAAGAGAUCAAGACCAUCCUGGUCAACAUGGUGAAACCCCGUCUCUACUAAAAAUACAAAAAUUAGCUGGGUAUGGUGGCGCGUGCCUGUAAUCCCAGCUACUCAGGAGGCUGAGGCAGGAGAAUUGCCUGAACCCAGGAGGCGGAGGUUGCGGUGAGCCAAGAUCGCGCCAUUGCACUCCAGCCUGGGUAAUGAGCGAAACUCCAUCUCAAAAAAAAAAAAGAAGAAAUAAAAAUAAAUUAUAUAUAUAUUAUAUAUAAUAUAUAAUUAUAUAUGAGCCUGUAUGUUUGGGAUCUUUGCAACAUUUCUCCAUAAACUCAUUUGCGUUUUUGACAAAACCUGACCACAGAAGGGAGAUCUCCUCCCUGUCACCCGUCCAGCCACCACCUUGGGCUGUCCCCAGGCAUCCCUGGCUCCUCGUCCCCACAGUGCUUUCUCUGCCAGUGCUGCUUCCAACACACACACCCAGGCUUUGUGCCCGUGGCCCAGCUAAGGUCAUUCACUAAGUAUUUCUCAAACCGAGAAGCUGCUGGGAUCUUUCUGGUGGGCAGCCCCGAGCUCGGAGCAAUACCACUGGGGCUGCUACAGGGCGCCCAGCGCCGCGGGGUGGGCAGGCGCUGUGUUGUCAUCCUCCCCGCAGGCAGGACUGGUGUUAGAACUGUCCCUGUGUUCCAGAUGGGCUGUCUUGGGAGCAGAGCCAGUGUCCUCUCCCUCCUCUCCCCAGUCAGCAACACCAGUGGAAGGCCACAGCCUUGCAAGGGGCAUCUCGCGUGGGGCCUCACCCUCCAGGGCUGUCCGUAGUUCAGGAAACGGAAUGUUUUGUGAAACUCAGUUCGAUUCUGAGAUUGAUGGGCAGCUUGCGGGUGGCUUGAGCCCUGGGCCAGGAGGCAGGAGGUCUGGGUUCAAGUCUCAAGGUAAAUGGGGCCAUGGGUGAGUUCCAGCAUGGGCUGGGGGCCGGGGACUGCCCACGUGGCUCCCUGGGGAAACCGAUGGCCACGCACAGAACUUUCCGGUCUUUCCAAGCUGCAUCAGGCCACUGGGAUGCUCUCCUCCUUCAGACCCCACAGGGCCGUUGGGUAAUUCCCUCUCGCCCCAUCCUCAGCUCUGUCCUGGAGGCCAUCCUGUGCCCCCGGCCACCUCUCAUCGAUAGUUUACAGAUGGGCUUGUGAUCUAUUCUGGAGCACCUGCCUCAGUAAUCCUCCAUUCUGACUUGGUUUGAACUAUUAGAGAAAGAAUUUUAUUUUUCCCUGAACUUGAAAUUGGGAGGAGGAAAUGCUGUUGGCACAUGGAGCUGCUUGGAGUAGGGCGUGCCAAUCCGGAGCAAACAGCUGUGAUGGAGGCUACCCACUAUGUCGUCCAGGCACCUCGAUCCCAGUUUACACCGGGGUCCAGUCCUGCCCCUGAACUUGGCAGUUCUGUCGGUCCAAACAUUCCCAGUUAUUAUUAAUUUAUUGCCUGGGCGUGGUGGCUCACGCCCAGAAUCCCAGCACUUCGGGAGGCCGAGGCAGGUAGAUCACCUGAGGCCAGGAGUUCAAGACCAGUCUGGUCAACAUGACAAAACCCCGUCUCUACUAAAAAUACAAAAAGCAGUCAGAUGUGGUGGCGCAUGCCUUAGGCAGUGUGAGAACUGAUUAAUGCCGUUACUCAGACUAUAUCAUGAACCUUUAUGGUAUAUUAAGUAUAGUCGUUUCCUUACUUUAAUUUCUCAUGAAUAACAGUAGAAUAUUAAAUAUUUAAAUAGUAAUUUCAUUUGACUGGGCACAGUGGUUCAUGCCUGUAAUGCCAGCACUUUGGGAGGCUGAGGCGGGCAGAUCAGGAGUUUGAGACCAGUCUGUCCAACAUGGUGAAAUCCCAUCUCUACUAAAAAUUCAAAAAUCAGCUGGGCCUGGUGGCGGGUGCCUGCAGAAGAUCCAGCUACUUGGGAAGCCGAGGCAGGAGAAUUGCUUGAACCUGGGAGGUGGAGGCUGCGGUGAGCCGAGAUCGCGCCACUGCACUUCAGCCUGGGCGACAGAGUAAGACUCUUGUCUCCAAAAAAAAACCCGAAAUACAAAACUUAGGUGUGGGCUGGGCGCGGUGGCUCAAGCCUGUAAUCCCAGCACUUUGGGAGGCCGAGGCGGGUGGAUCACGAGGUCAAGAGAUCGAGACCAUCCCGGUCAACAUGGUGAAACCCCGUCUCUACUAAAAAUACAAAAAUUAGCUGGGCAUGGUGGCACGUGCCUGUAGUCCCAGCUACUCGGGAGGCUGAGGCAGGAGAAUUGCCUGAACCCAGGAGGCGGAGGUUUGCGGUGAGCCGAGAUUGCGCCAUUGCACUCCAGCCUGGGCAACAAGAGCGAAACUCCGUCUCAAAAAAAAAAAAAAACAAAAAACUUCGGCGUGGUGGCCCGUGGCUCACUGUGAGAACUGACUAACGCCUUCACUGUGACCCUGUUAUGAACCUUUAUAGCAUGUUAAUCAUAGUCGCUUAGCUGUUAUAAUUUCUCAUGAAAAAUACCAAUCAGAAUAAUAAACUAUUUGAACAAUUUA